GGGGUGGUCUGCAGAACAGAGAAGAGGAGAGAGACGGAUGAAAUAUAAAUGACUUUAUAUAUUUAAUCUUAUUUUAUACUCCCUUAUCUGAUAUAGUCAUCAAAAUUACGACGCACAAGGGUUGGAUUUGUGAAGUUUGAUUACAUUUCAUCUGAGUGAGAGGAGUGGAGGAGAGAGGCUCACAAUUAAUCAUUUUCUUGAACACUUCCAUCCAACGUCAAGCCAAGAACAAAUUUCCCCAAGAUAACCUAAUCUAAGUGUUAUUCCUACCUUCACAGGGACGAAAACAACAUCUUCUCUACUUAUCCUCCCGUCGUCCCAUGAAGUCGACGUUGAAGCAUUCUCUCUUGUGAUUGAUAUGCUCCCUAGGUAUAUUAUUUUUUGUAAUAACCUUAAUCUCGAUUCCCCCAAGGACCCUGCUACCAUCAACCUGGUAUCUCCACUCAUCGCGCCAAGUGUUCACCAUAACGGUGAAAUACUAAAGGACACAGCGCAACAAUCUCAGCAUUCUGUGCAUCGCGAUCAACUGCUAUAAAAAAAAGUCCCGUACGACGUUGGGGCUACAAUUACUGCCAAAAGCUGUAACGAUUGUAGCAGGUGCCCAAGGGGUCCAUAUCACACGAUACAAUGCAUUUGGCAUACCCCUCGAGGAAAGCCUCGAACCCUCCAGCAUAUUUCGCGCCACGAUCCUCACGUUUCCCAAUGCUACGCAGAAGCAGGGCGAAGACGAUAGUUCUAGGUGCCUGUGCCAUAGGGGUGGUGUUCUUUAUACUUUCACGUAUACUUGGGGGAGCAAAUGGAGUGCCAUCGGGAACUCCACCAGUCGUAAUUGUCACAGUACUGGAUACGGUGGGAUAUAGUAAAGAGUAUCAGGACAGCGUGAAGGAAAAUCGAAUUCAAUAUGCCAGGAAACAUGGAUAUACAACUUUUUUCCCUAGCAUCGGAGACUACGAUAUUCAAGGAUCACCGAAUUCAUGGUCCAAAGUUCCCGCAGCACGACACGCCUUAUCAAAAUUUCCACACAGCGAAUACAUUUGGGUUUUGGAGCAGAAUGCUCUCAUUAUGAACCCUGCGCUGAAAGUCGAAGAUCACAUUAUGGCACCAAAGCGCUUGGAAAGUUUGAUGGUCAAAGAUCAAUCCAUUGUGCCUCCGGACAGUGUUAUCAAGACGUUUCCCAAUUUGAAGGGCGAGAACGUUGAUUUGGUUCUCACUCAGGAUAAAGAUGGUCUGUCGCAGGCUAGUUUUAUUAUCAGAAGGGGGGAAUGGAGCAAAUUCUUUCUCGAUACAUGGUUUGACCCUUUGUAUCGCUCUUACAACUUUCAGAAAGCAGACCUUCAUGCAUUGGAACAUAUCGUACAAUGGCAUCCAACGAUCUUGUCGAAGUUGGCACUCGUGCCACAGAAAAUAAUGAAUGCAUACAGUUCGGAUGAGGCAGAAGGGUAUAAGGAUGGAGACUUUGUUGUUCGAUUGCCUGGCUGCGACCAGUCUGGACGAGACUGUGGAAAAGAGGCCGAAAAAUACACAAGACAAUGGCGGACAGUCUUCGCAUCACGAUGAUCCAACCCUUCACUACGAUAAUCAAAUCAAAUCCUCACCAUCAACAUAUAAGCAUAGUUAGGGCUAUAGAAGCCCUUAUGAUCUACGAAUAGCGGGCAAGGCGUUUGCAGGCGUACAACACAACAGCAUGAAGAUAAAUGUUUGCAUAAUUGUACAAUACCAGCAAUGACGUCUGUAGGGAUAUGGAUAUCGCUGAGGCUGGCAGAUAUGGUUUUCUUGGGGAAGCAAGACUUUGUCUUCUGUAUAUUAUUUGAAGCAUACAUACCCCAGCAGUCAAUGUACUGCAUUUUCAAUACUUGCGAAGCUCUUCAGUAUAGUUUUGUGUGCUACAAGUAUGUCAAUCUAUGAUGUAGGAGGACAUUGAGGUGUGUUGUUCUGGUCCGUAGCGUUGAGUUAGCACCUUCAGUACCUAGUAUAUCCAUGCAGCAUUGCAAACGUAAACUUCUGAUAUGUAUAUCAUCGAAUACCCAUAAUAGAGAAUUUUGAAAGAUCAUGUCCA